UAAUAAUUUGUAAGAAAAAAAAUAUAUAUUAAAUGAUGCGUGCAUGAGAGGUAGAUCUACUUAGAUCACCGACAAGGGUCCUCAUCAAAAAUCAAAUGAGAUCAAAGACAAAGUUCACCAACCUGAAAAUAAAUAAUUAAAUAAAACCUAAAGCAUAAAAAAUAAACCUAAAAAAAACUUUUGUUUCCAUGUCAUCUAGUGGGACCAUGCAAUAUUGUCGGAGAGUGAUAUAUGAAGAGGCAAAGCUUUUCUACAGCUAUGCUUUGAAUUACAAGUUUGGAUCUGAAGUGAAUCACAUUGAGAAGAUUGAAGGAUCCAAAGAAAAAAAAAAGGGAAAGUACAUGGAUCACCAAUCAGCAGCACCACUCCCUCCUCACGUGCUUGUCUUCCCGUUGCCGGCUCAAAGCCACUUGAGCUCCAUGCUCAAGCUUUCCGAGCUUCUCUGUAUUGGCAACCUCCAUGUGACCAUGCUCGUCUCUGAGUUUAGCCACAGCCGCCUCCUCCACCAUACUGAUGUCCAUUCCCACUUCACUCGCUAUCCCGGAUUUUGUUUCAGGACUAUUCCGGAUGGCCUUCCUGAGGACCAUCCGCGUGCCGGUGAAAGAAUUAUGGAGAUGUUUUCGUCUAUGAAGUCCGUCACGGCCCUACUAUUCAGGGAGAUGAUGAUAUCGACUAAUUAUUUGAGUUCGAAAGCAAGGCGGCCUCUGACAUGCAUCAUAGCAGACGGGGUUCUGAGUUUUGCUGGUGAUUUUGCUAUUCAGAGCGGAAUUUCACUCAUUUAUUUUCGUACUGCCAGUGCUUGCUCAUCUUGGGCUAAUUUUUGUAUGCCUCAACUCAUUGAGGCUGAAGAAAUUCCCUUGAAAGGAAAUGGCAUGGACCUAAUGGUGAAGAACGUACCGGGCAUGGAGGGCCUUCUCCGACGACGUGACCUUCCGGGCUUUUGCCGUGUUGAUGAAGUCAAUGAUCCGCUUUUGCAUUUCAUCAAAACAGAGACUGGACAAACCCCUCGAGCCCAAGCAUUAAUAAAGAACACCUUUGAUGAGCUAGACGGACCAAUACUCUCUCAAAUACGUACUCGCUGUCCCAAUCUCUUCUCCAUCGGACCACUUCACGCACACCUAAAAUACAGACUCAUAGCAGAGACCAACUGUUCCUCAACCUCUUCAGGUAGUUUCUGGGAGGAAGACCGAAGCUGCGUGACAUGGCUCGAUUCCCAGCCGUCCAAAUCUGUGAUCUACGUGAGCUUUGGAAGUAUCACUGUUGUGACAAGAGACCAACUCAUGGAGUUUUGGUAUGGUCUGGUGAAUAGUGGGCAACGGUUCUUGUGGGUCAUGCGGCCGGACUCUAUUGUCGGAAAAGAUGGGGAGAGUGAGAUUGUGGUAGAGCUUGUGGAGGGCACGAGGGAGAGGGGGUACAUGGUGGGAUGGGCCGCACAGGAGGAGGUUCUGGCCCACCCUGCUGUUGGUAGGUUUUUAACUCAUAGUGGGUGGAACUCUACUCUAGAGAGCAUAGUGUCGGGUGUGCCAAUGAUUUGUUGGCCUAACAUUGCUGACCAGAUGAUUAAUAGUAGGUUCGUUGAUGAAGUUUGGAAACUUGGUUUGGAUAUGAAAGAUACGUGUGAUCGAGUCAUAGUUGAGAAGAUGGUUAGAGAUUUGAUGGAUGUUAGGAAAGAUGAGUUUCAAAAACGAGCGAAUCAGAUGGCAAAGUUGGCGAAAAGAGCUGUGAGUGAAGGUGGGUCGUCGUACUGUAAUUUAGAUCGUCUAAUAAAGUAUAUAAAAUCAAUGGUUGAGUGAUCAAGGUGAGUGAAAAAAGACUACGUACAAUACUCCUAAGCUACUUACACACGGUACCUCUACCAUGGCCAUUGUAGACUUUCUCAAUGUGAGGGUUGGAUAUGAAAGAGUGAAGAUUGUUGAGUAUACUUUUUACAUGAAGGGGUAUUUGUGAUUUUUCUCAUGA